GUUCCGCAAAGACGCUGUAAGGCUCUCUGAGAUCUUCCAGUUCCUGGAAGAUGUGGUCUCAGUCAAAAUCAAUGCUGCCAUGGCCGGCGACGAGGGGGACGCAGCUGCAAGCUUGGCCCGCAAGUACCUCCUGUUGCAGGUUCUGAGCAUGGUCAGCAGCCUGAUGUCAAUCGGGGGAAUCUACCUGUUCUUCUUGAGGCACCCAUCCUUGGACACCCUGGGGUGGGUGAACUUCGGCACAGCCAUGACAUCGUUCCUGGUGCUUCUGGUCAUGUUCGCUGUGCGCCGUGACCUCCGACAGAAGUACAACUUGGUCUUCCGUUCUUCUGGCACCGAAUAUAGCAGACCUGAAGACUUCUCCGUGCGGGCCUUGCUGAAGGAUUCCUCACGUGAAGGCUUCAUGGCAAUGAUGUUAGACGUAUCUGCGCAGAUGUCUGUCACGGUUGGCAUCUAUACAGCUGGCACAAGAUUGGGCUUGGGCGCCAUGUAUCAGAUCAGUGCUCUGCAGGCCGCCUUCCCCCAGUUUGGCUUGGGAUGGGUCUGGGGAACAGCUUAUAUUCUGAGACUGGCAGGUACGCGGAUGGUGUCCCAGGGAGAGUUUGAGGCAUUUCGGAACCUGUUUCGCCAUGCGGCGACCUACUGCUUGCUGCUUAUGAUUGCGAUUGCAUUCACUGUGAUCCCCUUUGCGGAUGCUCUAUCUUUUCAACAGGCUGAGCAGGCCUGUGACUACGUUACGGAUUUAGCAUGCCUGCCUCACUACAAUCACAUCUUUGGAGGAGGUCGAGAACAAUUCAGCACUCUCCAACAGAAUUUCAGCAGGUUUUUUCUGCCUGUCUUGGUCGCCCGCUGUUUCUACCAGGCUGGGCCACAUGCUACAACCAUUAAUUCAUAA